GUUUGGUCACUUUGAUAUUGUCCACCAAGUACGACUACUACUACUACUACCAUGCGCACCACCAUCUUCCUCGCUGCAUUGAUCGCAGCCGUCGCCGCCCAGACCAUCAAGCCAGUGACCAGUGCCAGUGACACUAUCACAGCCAAGCCUGCCACACCUACAACCACCGCUCGUUGGUUCAACGUGUCUGUGGUGGGCGAUGCCACCUACGCCAUUCCGGGUCCCAUCUGCAGCGGCAGCGGCCUCGUGCCUGCCGGCACCAAGUGCCCCGUCAAGGGCGACAAGGCGGUGGCCAGCUGCCACAAGGGCUUGAAGACGUUCGCCAACAGCACGUGCGUCGCCCCUGUAAACUCGGUGUGCCAAAAGAUCCCGUCUGGCGCGUGGGGCUGUGUGUGGAACUCCACCGGGACCAACACUACCAUUGUCAAGCCGACGACCGCGGCUCCCACGACUGCCAAGGCCACGACCGCUGCUCCUACCACAACCAAGGCCACUACAUCGGUGGUCACGACAACCAAGAAGCCCUAGAUCGCAGAUCGUGAUCGACGACACCUCACGUACAUUUAACUGCAAAUAUAAGCACAGACGUCUAAUACUGUAUGCCCCAUGCAUGGAAAA